AUGGCAACAAAACAAGCUGGGUUUGAUUUUACUUUAGUUGAAGUAGAAGAAUGGCUUGAGAAACAAUUGUUAUACUUGAUUCAUAAAGCUCGAUCAAAAGUUAAAGACCCAUUGCAAUGCAAUAAAGUAGGGUCUAUAACUUAUAUAUUUUGUCUUACUUGUAUAGAUGUUGCAUCUCGAUAUAAAUGGGCUGAACCAAUAAGAACUACUCUUGAUAUUAUUAAUAUGGAUAAACCCUUUUUGGAAGAUAUACUAAUUUUUAAUAUAGUUGCUAAAGUUUUUAUAAAAAUUUUUAAUAAUCCAAAAUGCCUUCUUACAUGGCCUAAAGUAUUGUUAACUGAUAUAAAAUUAGAGUUUAAAGGAAGUUGUAAAAAGCUUAUAAUAAAGCAUAGUGUUAAAAUUCAAAAAGCUAGUUCCAAAAGUAGUAUGGAUGCACAUGAAUUAUUGUUAUCAUUAUAUAGAAGAUCUAGAGCUUGGGUUAAGAAUCUUCCUAUUAUUAUAAAGGAACUUAAUAACUCUAUAACUCAUCUUCUUGGUAUAACUUCUAAUAAAGCUAUUAAGAAAAAAUUUGUAUAUACUAAAGCCUCAAAACCAAGAUAUGGUCCUAUAGGUUAUAAUGAAGUUCAUUUAAUAUAUAAUAAUCCUGUUUUAUAUUUGCUUAAGCCUGAUGAGUUAGAAGGUAGAAGAAGAUGCAGUACAGAUUAUAUUAAUGAAAAUGGUCCAAAGCAGUCUUUUGUUCAAGAAGAACUUCAAAUUAUUCAUCCUAAUACAGAAUUACCUCUUCAGUGGGUGCUUACAAGUUAG